AUGAUUAAAUUAAAACCUUACACUGAUCAUGAUAUUCUCUUCAAUAAUAGUAAUAAUAAUAAUAAUAGUGAUGAUGAUGAUGAUGAUGAUGAUGAUGAUGACGAGGAUAAUGACCUUAGGGUUAUAAGUGGUGUUAAUUUUUCUGAAUUAAAUUUAUUUGUCACAAUUAAAUUGAAACUGGAUUCUUGUUCAUUGAUGCUUAUUUAUAGUUGA